UUUGAGCGCGCUGAACUUCCUGUAAGACGCCAGGAGGAGGAGCAGGAAAACAUCCGACGAGAGGAAGGUGUCGCCAACUGAUGCGGACACUUUAACAAAGAAAAAAAACGAACCUUUCCGGGACACUUGCCAUAGAUCUGAAAGAUGCUGACUUCAUCGUGACAGUGACUCGGGAACAUCAGCAAACUGACUCGCCAUGGCUGCCCGCCAUCAGAGACCUACAGACAUGACAGACGGCUUGAUGGAGUCCAAACGGACUGAGAAAAAGUGCUCUUGGGCCUCCUACAUGACCAAUUCUCCAACUGUGAUCGUGAUGAUCGGGUUGCCUGCUCGGGGGAAAACCUACAUGUCCAAGAAGCUGACGCGCUACCUCAAUUGGAUUGGAGUGCCAACUAAAGUAUUCAACCUUGGAGUCUAUAGGAGACAAGCCGUGAAGUCGUACAAGUCCUAUGACUUUUUCAGACAUGACAACGAAGAAGCCAUGCAAAUAAGAAAAAAAUGCGCUCUGGUGGCACUACAAGAUGUCAAGUCCUACUUGAAUGAGGAAGGAGGGCAGAUUGCGGUGUUUGAUGCUACCAACACCAUCAGGGAGAGGAGGGAACUCAUUCUUAAAUUUGCGAAGGAUAAUUCAUAUAAGGUGUUUUUUGUGGAAUCCAUUUGUGAUGAUCCAGAUGUCAUUGCUGCAAACAUCCUGGACGUGAAGGUGUCCAGUCCAGACUACCCAGAGAGAGACAGAGAAAGUGUCAUGGGCGAUUUUCUCAAGAGGAUAGAGUGUUAUAAAGUAACUUACCAGCCUUUGGAUCCAGACGAACAUGACAGGAGCCUGUCCUUUAUUCAGGUCAUCAACGUCGGCCGUCGUUUCCUGGUCAACAGAGUGCAGGAUUACAUUCAGAGCAAAAUAGUCUACUACCUCAUGAACAUCCACGUGCACUCCCACUCCAUCUACCUCUGUCGACACGGAGAGAGCCAUCACAAUCUGGAGGGACGCAUUGGCGGCGACUCUGAGCUGUCAGACCGAGGAAAACAGUUUUCUGUGGCACUAAAGGGUUUUGUAGAAGAACAUCGUCUGUCAGACCUAAAAGUUUGGACCAGUCAACUGCGGCGCACCAUUCAAACUGCAGAGGAGCUUGGCGUUCCCUACGAGCAGUGGAAGAUCCUGAACGAGAUAGAUGCUGGAGUUUGUGAAGAAAUGACAUACAAAACCAUUGAGGAAACGCACCCAGAUGAGUACGCCAUGAGGUACCAGGACAAGUAUCACUACCGCUAUCCUGGAGGAGAGUCUUAUCAGGACCUGGUGCAGCGUCUGGAGCCGGUUAUCAUGGAGCUGGAGCGGCAGGGCAACGUGCUGGUUAUCUGUCAUCAAGCCGUCAUGCGCUGCCUGCUUGCUUACUUUCUGGACAAGAGCGCAGAUGAUCUUCCAUAUUUGAAGUGUCCCCUGCACACUGUCCUCAAGCUCACCCCUGUGGCUUAUGGUUGUAAAGUGGAUAUGUUUGACCUAAAGGUGGAGGCUGUCAACACUCACAGGGACAGACCAUUAGACCGCAUAAGGAAAGAUGUCCCGGCAGCUUUCUACCGGCGCAAUAGCUUCACGCCGCUGUCCAGCCACGACCAGAUCAAACGGCCUCGCCUCUACAGCGUCGGCAACCCACCGCAGCCUCGCUCGUCCCAGACUCUCGUUUUAUCCAGCAUGCCGUUUCCUGAGGCAUCGGAGGGCGUAGAACAGCGAGAAUGUGAGGACUCCCUGAACGGCUUCAGUGCAGGAGACACAGAGGACAGUGCUGGCACGUAAAGAAAGGUUUCUUGAAUUUAGUCUUGACGUUUGUUCAUCACUGAUCAAAUGUCUGGCCCCUUGUACUUUCUGCUUUUGCACCUCCCCAAUAAUGUUUCUUUGCCACAUGCAACCUCAACAAAAUCACUGUACAGGUCUGUUAUAUAAACUAAGUGUCCAUCCAGUAGUUUACAAACAGCUAACUAUUGUUUUGAUUUAGGGACGCACACAUAAAAAUGGAAGAAUGCAAGGGCCAUUCAUUUUCAUGUAAUUGAUCAAACAUGGCAAAAUCCGUCAAGCAUGCAAUUAGAGUGUUGUUUUUGUCCCCUGCUAUUCUGUAUCUUUGUUGUCCCUUUGUCUGCCACUUCCCCUUGUUCUUAAGAACGGAUGAUGUAAAUUAAUGCUCACCGCAUCUAUCCCUCUUUUUAACUUUUCAUUACAUAGAAUAGGAAACAACACACCAGAAUGGAAUGGCAGCCGUGAAUGUAGAUAUGCUGAUUUAAGGAAAAGUUUUGAGUACUUCAUGAGGCUUCAUGAUCACUAUUGCUGUUAAAUAUAAAUUAUUUUAAGACUGUCCUAUAGGUGUCUAAACUUUUUAGAUGGUGCACCCUAAAAUCAAGUGUAAUCAAGUCUACCAAAUAGUAGAAAUGUUGUCUUAAAGAUAAGGGACACGCGUUUAAAUAUGAUUGUUUGAAUUACCUUCUGCAUUGUCAGGAAUAGAUCGCACCUCGUGCCUUUGUAUAAUAGGAAAAUUCAGCUUCAAAAUUGCUUUAUGAACCAGUUGUAUUUUUUAACUGCUCUAGAUGGCACUGUUGGUUUCAAAAAUAGGUUUAAGAAUUGAUAAGUUGAUGUGCUUUCAGUCCAAUUUUGAACAGAGUGCCAUCUAGGGAGGUAAAAGAAAAAUAACAACUGGAGCUAAUUUGAAGCUUCAUUUUCCUAUCACUCCAAGGUGUAUUUUGAAGUAGUGUCCUUAAAAUGACCAUGAUAAAAUAAUGACUACUGUAAUUUUCGGACUAUAAGUCGCACCAGCCAUAAAAUGCCCAAAAAAGUAAAAAAAAACCAUAUAUAUAUAUAUGUAUAUAAGUCGCUCCUGAGUAUAAGUCGAUAACCCCCCCCCCCCCCCCAAACUAUGAAAAAAAACACGACUUAUAGUCCAAAAAUCACGGUAGUCAACAUUUUACACUUUGGUUUUAGUUGUUUGAAGUUUAUACACAUCUAACCUAUGGUUGGUUUCAUGUUACUUCUAAAGUAUCACACAUGCUGGCAUCACACCAGCAACUGUGUAUUUUACAGGCAAUCAAUGAUAAAUCUACUUGAAUCAAUGAAAUAUUUAUUUUCAGAUGUGCAGUGUAAAUGUGUUCCCUUUGCAUGAUUCAUUUGGUUUGGUUGCUGUUUGUUUUCAAAUUUGCUUUUAAGAAUCACCACCGUUUUGAAUGAGCUACAACUGUGUCGAAGCCAUUUGUUUGCUUGACUGUCAGACUUUGACUUUGAUUAACAGUGACAAGGGCAUGCGAUGAUGUAUUGUUCCUGCAGUGUCUGAAAACUGUCUGGGAACUCAAAUUUACUUGUUUUGAUGUUAAGCACACAACUUCAGUGUCAUCUAAAACUAUAAGCUCACGGGAAAAGUAUAAGGAUCAAGUUUCAUCUUUGUGUACUGUACAGUAUUUUUUAAAUUUGCAUGCAUUUCACACAUUUUUUGUUUUAUUGAUUCUUUUUUUUUUAAUUUUCAUUCUAUUAUUCAAAGAUGCUGUCUGAUAAAUACUAUAAUAGCCAAAUACAUCAAGAUGCUGCUGAA